AGGGACUCGACCCCCGCCGCAAGAGCGACGCAGCGCACCUCAGAGCUGACUGACAGGCGUGCGCAACUCUGCCAGCCACGCAAAGCUUGCGUCGUCCCGCAGCGCUCGCCCCGCCGCCCCGCGGAGCAGUACCUGAGGAGGUGCCCCAGCCUCGCCGGCCGCCGCGCGCGGCAGACUGCGGCGCCCGCACGCCGCCAGCCGCCCGACGCGCGCGCCGCGCCGCCGCGCACCAAGCGCAACACACAAAGGUUGAACCGGGCGCCCGCGGGCCCCGCCACCACUCGCCACCAUGAGGAUCAUGAUCAAGGGUGGCGUCUGGAAGAACACGGAGGACGAGAUCUUGAAGGCCGCCGUCAUGAAGUACGGCAAGAACCAGUGGGCUAGAGUUGCUUCUUUGCUCAACAGAAAAUCUGCGAAGCAGUGCAAGGCAAGGUGGUACGAGUGGCUUGACCCUUCGAUAAAAAAGACGGAGUGGACUCGGGAUGAAGAGGAGAAGUUGUUACAUUUGGCGAAGUUGUACCCUUGCCAGUGGAGAACUAUAGCACCUUUAGUUGGUCGGACGGCGGCGCAGUGCCUCGAUCGGUACGAGCGGUUGUUAGAUGAUGCGGAAAGAGAACUAGGUGGCGGGGAAAAGCAGGACGAAGACGUGCGACGAUUGAGGCCGGGCGAGAUCGACCCCGAUCCCGAGACGCGGCCGGCGCGGCCCGAUCCCGUUUGUCGCGGCGUCCUUUGUCAUGCUUCUCGCGUCGAUGGCGUGAAGGCCGUCCGCCGAGAGUCUACGCGCCGCCCCCACGCCGCCGCCGCGCGCAGGUCGACAUGGACGAAGACGAGAAGGAGAUGCUCUCCGAGGCGAGGGCGCGCUUGGCCAAUACGAGAGGUAAAAAGGCCAAGCGGAAGGCCCGCGAGGCGCAGUUGGACGAAGCUAGACGCUUGGCUUCGUUGCAGAAGAAGCGCGAGCUGAAGGCCGCGGGCAUUUACGCGUCACGAUUAGGUGCCACGCGGCGAGGCGGCAAGUUCAUGGAUUAUGACAAGGAGGUGCCCUUUCAAAAACUCGCGCCGGCGGGCUUUUAUGAUGUGGGGCCCGAGAAGGCCGCGUCUGCUGCUAAGAGGGCUGGUCGGGCCGACGCCGACUUCGAGGCCAUUCGGUUGGACAAAUUCGAAGAACAGCGUCGGGACGAGGCUGAGAGAAUUGCGCAACGAGAUGAUAGGAAGAAGCGGGCCAAGCUCAUGAAGCAGAACUUACCCGCCGCUGUUGCUCAGUUGUCUCGGCUGAAUGAUCCCGCUAGUAAGUUGAGACGGUCGGAGCUGUCGCUGCCGGCGCCGCAGGUGACCGACUCUGAGUUAGAAGAUGUCGCGCGACUCACGGCCGACGAGCAGACCGGCGGCUCGGCGUUGUUGCUUGGUAGUAGCGAUUCCGGAGCUCAGAGGAUCGCGACGGCGGCGCGGGAUGCGCGCACUCCUCUAGUGUCGAAAGCUGAUGAUACGAUCGCGCAAGAGGCGCGAAAUGCCGCUCUCGAGAGGACUCUGCAGACGCCACUCUUGGGUGAACAUCAACCCGACCGCGAGCAGGGGACGGGCUACGUCGGCGCGACGCCGGCGCGCGCGACGCCGCACGCGACGCCUCUCUCGCUGGCUCCGCCCCCGACACCGCUGUUGCACGGUUCUGAUUUACCAGACGACGCUACUGCUUCAUCAAUGAUGCCGUCGCUGAAGCAAGCGCGGCGGGACGUGCGCGAGGGCCUGGCUGCUCUCCCAGCUCCGAAAUUUGCGUAUGAUGUGGACGUGCCCUACGCCGUUCCCGAGGAAAAGGCUGUAGAGAUGGAGCUCGAGCCGGACGCGCGCGCGGUCGACGAGGCGCGGGCCGAAGCUUUACGCCAGGCCGAACUUGCGAAGCUCGCGCGACGGUCUUUGGCCGUUCAGAAAGAUUUACCGCGGCCGCGGAACCCGCCUGCCCUUGUCGACGGCGGCGAUUCUCCGGAAGCGUUGAUCAACGCGGAGGCAGUUCGUCUCGUGCGGCGGGACGCGGCGCUCCAUCCGCUCAAGGGCGGAACGCUGACGAAUGAUGCGCCGCUGCCCGAGUUUUCCGACUACGAGCUCGCGAAGGCUCGGGCGUUGAUCGACGAGGAGGCUUCUAAACAACCACCGUACGACGACGCGGCCUUCGCGCAAGCUUGGUCCGAAUUGCACGACUCGCGGACGUAUUUUCCGACGCGGAAUGCGAUCGGACCCGUGGACGGCGCGUCCGACGCGGAACUGAUCGCCGCGUAUAAAGCGUCCUUCGAGCACACGCGCGCCCAGAUGGCCAAGGGCGCGCAGCGCGCGGCGCGCGUGGAAGGCCGCGUCGCCGAGACGUUACAACCCCUGGUGGACGAGGCCGAAUCGCUCAAGGCGAGGACGGAGAGCGCUAUCUCGCGGUUGGACAAAGCCGCGGUCGAGGCGGAGUGCUAUUUGCGGUUGUACCGGACGGAGUCGCGGACGCUGCCCGCUCGUCUCGCCGCGGCGAAGGCGCGCUGUCGGGCGCUGGACGAGCGCGAGGCCGAGCUGCAGCGCGAGUACGCGGAUCUGCUGGCGGCGCGGGGGUCGUCGUAAGGGUCGUUUAGUCUCGUCCUCGUCGAGACGGGGUGGCGAUCCGACUUUUCUUUUGUCGAUCGCCACCACCCUGCGUCGAGACUAGGCCGCAUUGAGGUCGAGGACGGGUUUUCAUGCUUUGCAGCGGCCGCGCCGCGCUCCGCGGACCACGCCAGGCCCCGAG